UCAGCUCUUUGCUUUCGAACCAAGUGAAACACAGCUUUAAAUCAAACGCCAAGAAACCUUCAUCAUGUUCAAAUACGCCGUUCUCAUCUGCGCCGUGAUUGCCUCUGUCGCUGGCAAGCCAGGACUGCUUCACGCUCCCCUGGCUGCCCUCCCACCGCCGCUGAUUGCUGCCCCUGCUCCCGUUGUCACGGCCGCCAGCAGCCAGGUGGUUGCCAGGACAUUCAAUGGCAUUGCAGCUGCCCCGGUGAUUGCGCCCGUGCCAGUUCCCGUGGCUCCAGCUCCAGUUCCCAUUGUGCGUGCUGUGGCUCCUGCUCCGGUCCUGAGAACCUUGGCUGCUCCCUUCGCUGCUCCAGUUGCUGCUCCCUUUGCCGCUCCUUUGGCUGCUCCGCUGCCUCCAGCUCCCAUCUUCAAGACAGUGGCUCCGGUGGCCGCUCCACUCGCAGCUCCCGUUGCCACCCCCUUCGUCGCUCCUUACACCCAUCCUUACGCUGCACCAGUUCUCGCCAGGUACGCGGCUCCGUUGUCCUAUGCCUCAGCCCCAUUGGGCUAUUCUGCACCCGCCUUGUGGUGAAAAAGCACAUAUGAAUGCAGGGAC